AUGGACAACCACGGUGAUAUGUGCUACUACAGCGGCGGCGGCAUGGGCGCCGCGGCCGACCCCUCCUGCUCCUCCACCUCCUUGUCGUCCAUUGACUCGUUUCUAUCCGACUUGAGCGGCGGCGAGAUGAUCGACGAGGAAAUAAGGAGUCAGCCCAAGAGGCCAGCAGCCUCGGCGUUCAUCGGCGUGCGCGCGCGGCCGUGGGGACGGUUUGCGGCGGAGAUCCGGGACUCGACGCGGGGCGGCGCGCGGGUGUGGUUGGGCACGUUUGCCACGGCCGAGGCCGCCGCCAUGGCCUACAACAAGGCGGCGCUCUCGUCACGGGGCGCGGCCACGGCGCUCGAUUUCCCUCUGGAGCGCGUCCAGGAGUCGCUCCAGGCACUUGGCACUACCAUGACAGGCAUAGGCGGAUCGCCCGUGCUGGCGCUCAAAUGGCGCCACUCCAAGAGAAGAAGGCGCAGCAAGGCCGAGAUAGCGAAAGACGCGGCGACAUGCGUGAGGAGGAGCAAGGUCAUAGCCAAGCAGCAGCAGUUCAUCGUGGAGCUGGAGGACAUCGGCGUCGACUACCUGGAUGAGCUUCUCAGGAUCACGUGUAACACUACUUAG